UUUGUUUUUAAAUGCUUAAGGUAAUAUCUUUUUUAAUGCCACGAUUUGGUGAAGAUGGAAUGCAUGUGUUAAAUGUUGCAGAAAAGAAUGAUGCUGCAAAAUGUUUAUCACAAAUCAUGUCUAAUGGCAGAUCAAACAGAAGAGAAGGUUUUUCAAAAUUCAACAAAAUAUAUGAAUUUGAGUACAAGAUCUUUAACUGUAACUGUAACAUGAUUAUGACUUCAGUUUCUGGACAUCUGAUUGAUUUAGACUUUGGUGGAGGUUAUAACAAAUGGAACCAAUGUGCCCCUGUUGCGCUGUUUGAGGCUCCAAUUUGCAGAUUUGUUCCAGACAAUUUUAAAGAUAUUCAGAAAACAUUAGAGCGUGAAGUGCGCAAAUGUCAAGCACUUAUAAUCUGGACUGAUGGGGAUCGUGAAGGUGAAAAUAUAGGUUUUGAGAUCAUUGAAGUGUGUCAAAAAGCAAAAUCUAAUAUUGAUGUCUACAGAGCAAAAUUUUCAGAAAUAACUUCAAGGGCUGUUCAUCAAGCUUGUAGAAAUCUUGUUGCACCUGACAAAAAUGUUUCUAAUGCGGUAGAAGUAAGAAGAGAGUUAGAUUUAAGAAUAGGAGCAUCUUUCACUAGGUUCCAAACAAUGCGGUUGCAAAAAAGAUUUCCAACUGUUUUGGCAGAUCAACUAAUUAGCUAUGGUUCAUGUCAAUUUCCAACACUUGGCUUUGUUGUAGAAAGAUAUAAACAAGUCCAAGAAUUUCUUUCAGAAGAAUUUUAUAAAAUUAAAGUUACUCAUUUCAAAGAUGAAUGUACAGCUAAUUUUGUAUGGAAAAGGGGUCGUCUUUUUCAUGAACGAGUGUGCUCAAUUUUAUGUAAUAUGUGCCAAGAGAAUCCUCGAGCUACAGUCACAAACAUGAUUUCUAAACCAAAAAGUAAAUGGCGACCAGUUGCUUUAGACACUGUUGAAUUGGAAAAAUUAGCAUCACGAAAGCUAAAAAUCAAUGCGAAAGAAACAAUGAAAAUUGCUGAAAAGUUAUAUACCCAAGGAAUAAUCAGUUACCCCCGUACAGAAACAAACAUCUUUCCAAAAGGUCUAAAUUUAACACCCUUGGUUGAAAAUCAAACUGUUGAUCCUCAGUGGGGAGGUUUUGCUUCUAAUAUUCUUGCUAAUAAUGGACCAAAUCCAAGACAAGGAAAAAAAACAGACAAUGCUCAUCCCCCAAUCCAUCCUAUAAAGUACAUAGACUCAUUGCAAGGCAAUGAGAAACGUAUUUAUGAAUUUAUAGUUCGUCAUUUCCUUGCUUGUGUCUCUAAGGAUGCUGUUGGUCAUGAAACGGUGUUUGAAAUUGAAAUAUCUGGAGAAUAUUUUACUGUUCAUGGUCUUGUGAUUACUGAAAGAAAUUAUUUAGAUGUCUAUCCAUAUGAACAAUGGAACACCAAAAACAUUCCAAUCUAUCAACUAGGAGAAGUUUUUUUUCCAGACAGCAUUGAGUUAGUAUCAGGCGAAACCUGUCCUCCUCCAUUGCUUACUGAAGCAGAUCUGAUUACAUUAAUGGACAAACAUGGAAUUGGUACUGAUGCUACACAUGCUGAACAUAUUGAAACAAUUAAAUCUCGAAACUAUGUUGGUGUCCAACAUGAUGGAACUUUUUUGCCUGGUCAACUUGGAAUGGCUUUAGUAGAAGGUUAUGAUGCCAUGGGAUUUGCAAUGUCUAAACCUCAUUUAAGAGCAAGUCUUGAAGCAGAUUUAGUGCUAAUAUGCCAAGGUUUAAAAAAUGAGAAAGAAGUGCUGACUCAGCAAAUACAAAGUUACAAAAACGUUUUUGAACAGGCUGUUGCUCAAGUGCAAAAACUUGAUGAUUCAUUAUCAAAAUACUUUGGAGAGGCAUCUGAUGUUACUGAUGAUAUAUUUAAUGAAAUGUCUGAUCCUGUUCGCAAAUGUCCUAAAUGUGGAAAUAACAUGACCUUGCGUAAAACUAAAGAAGGAAGCUUUUUUUUGGGUUGCAUGGGUUACCCAAAUUGUCGAAACAGUUUGUUUUUUCCAAAGUUUUUGUUGAACGCUGUGAGAUCUGAUACAACCUGCUUGCAUUGCAAGCCACAUCCUGUUCAUAAAAUUGAGUUUCACUUUAAACGUGGAAGCAUGCCGCCAGGUUUUGGAGAACAUUAUAUUGGUUGUAUUGGUGGAUGCGAUGAAAUGUUAAUUGGUGCUCUUGCAGCCAGAGAUGCUAUCGCACCUGUUAAUAACCCUCCACCUUUAAGAAGAGCUGAUCUUGGCCAUGGCGCAUUUAAUAAUUCAGGUGGAAUCCAGAUGCGUGAUAAUCAAUGUCAAUUUAAUAAUAAUCAACAAAAAACUAACUACAAACAAACUUCCAAUCAGAAUCAACAUGGAACAAAAAAGCAAUCUUUUUCUACAACAAAUAUACAAAAAAACAAUAAAUUUUCAAGUACUACAACAAAGCAUAAACAAAAUAAUCUGGUAAAUAAAAAUCACAAAGGUUUCAAUAACAAUCAAGGAGAUGAUAGUAAUGUGGUUUGCAACUGUAAUCAAUCGGCCAUUAAGCUUGUUGUAAAAAAAGAAGGACCUAAUCAAGGUCGGCAGUUUUUCAAAUGUGGACAAAGUGAUAGGCCAUGUAACUUUUUUUUAUGGUCAGAAGAACAAGGAAAUAAAAGUGGUUUGCAAAAUGUAAACAAACCUAUAUCCAAUACAAACAAUGAUACAAAAUGUGGUUGUGAACUACCUGCUGCACAACGAACUGUUCAAAAAGAUGGUCCAAAUAAAGGACGUCAAUUUUAUUGCUGCCCAAAUUCAAGAGGAGAACAGUGCAGUUUUUUUCAAUGGGUAGAUCAAGCACUUGAGACAAAUGAACCAGAACAAGGUGGCUCCAGUAACAUAAGUAAAAGAAAAGCACCUGGUGGUCUACCUCAAGAACAAACAAAAAAAAGAAAGUGUGGAGUUUGUGCUCGUGAAGGCCAUACAAAAAGAUCGUGUCCAUUUGCCAAAUGAAAUCUGCCAAACUCUAAACUAUAUGUAAAUUUGUAUAUAUUGCCAUAAUAUUUUGAGAAAAUUGUUAAAAAAAAUUUUUUUGUUUUUUUAAAGACUAAUAAAUUAA